CAGACUCGCCGUGACCGCGUAGAUACAAAAGAAGGCGUGGUCCUCAAGUGCGCGCUAAUUCAACUAAUAAGAAAGAGCCCAUCCUCCCUGCAAUGAAUACUCUACAGAUACCUCUACUGUUCUUAGUCUGUUGGCUUGUUACUCAAGAAACUUUCGCCGAGGACAAUGGUGUGGGUUUGUUUCCGCCUCUUGGCUGGAAUACGUGGUGCAGUGAGGCGUCAUGUGAGCAGCAUCAUUCCAAAGGCAAGCUACACGACGUCUGCAACGAAACAGAGAUCAAGCAAGUGGCGGACGCCAUGAUUUCCAACGGCAUGUUUCAACUGGGCUACAGAUACAUCAAUCUAGAUGACUGCUGGGGUGCAACAAAGAGAGCUGAGGAUGGCUCCAUUCAAGCAGACAAAAAUCGAUUUCCAUCGGGCAUAAAGAAUUUGACUGAUUACCUUCACUCCAAGGGUCUCCUGUUUGGACUAUAUACCAGUGCUGGACUUUACACGUGCAGUUCGGGUGGUCGAGACGAGCCAAUUCCAGGAAGUUACGGACACUACGAACAAGAUGCUAAGACAUUCGCCAACUGGGGAGUUGACUAUGUUAAAAUUGAUUGGUGCAAUACUAAGGUCAAUGGCAAGGAGAUUGAUCCAGAGACAGUUCACACCGAAUUCUCGAAGGCACUAAAUGCAACCGGCCGACCUAUCUUUCUUAAUUUAUGCCGUGGUUACAGUUAUCCUCCACCAUCAUACACAGCCAAGGUUGCAAACUCGUGGAGGGUGAAUGGUGAUCAUCAUGAUCGAUGGGAUGAUUCAACUUCCCAUGUUAUAGAAAUCAUGGCCCCAGUUGCUAAAUAUGCUGGACCUGGAGGAUGGAAUGAUCCUGAUUUUCUAAUGACUGGUGGAGCUGGGUGUGAUGAUUUCUCCAUGUCUCAUUGUCCAGGCCAAACUGAUAUAGAAUAUAAAACGGAAUUUAGCAUUUGGUCCAUUACGGCAUCUCCAUUGCUUGUUUCUACUGACAUUCGUAACAUGACUAGCAUAAUGAAGGAGAUCCUACUGAACAAGGAAAUUUUGGCUGUCAAUCAAGACAAGAGAAGAGUAGCAGGCGGUCGUGUUGGAUUCCAUGACUGCUCAGAAGGAAAAGAAAUCUGCCAAAUUUGGGCUCGUCCUCUAGAAGGAUUGUCUAAAGCCGUGGUGCUUUACAAUGCUGGUAAGGAUGACCAUGACAUCGUACUUGACUUCAAGCAGAUUGGCUGGGAAGGGAAGAAAGUUAUGAUACGUGAUCUGUGGGCUCACAAAGACUUGGGAUCAUUCACAGGAGAUUUCAAAUCUCAUGUUGUGUCUCACGGCUGUACAAUGCUCAACAUUACUCUGACAGACGAGUGACUACAAUGACUCUUGUACACGUACUCCAUUGACCAGUCUUAUGGACUUGAAGAUUUCCAUUUGUAUUCUUUGUUAUUGUGCUGUUAAUUAUAUUUGUGAGACAGUUGCCUUAUUCAGGCAUACAACUUGUAGUGCUGCUUUCUCUUCGUGAAUUACAUCAAAAUCCAUU